UGUGGAUUCUUCCCCGGGAUAAUAAUGCUGAUAAACUUCAGCAUUCGAUCGUGUUCUCUGGCGUCCAAAUCGACACCUUGGUUGCAGCCGCGUCACGGGGCUCCCCUCUCGUCGCGUCAACGCCCCAAGCCGCUCUGCUUCUUUUUUAUGUAGGUGAGCGGCAGACGGGCGGAUCGUCCCGAGCACCGGCGACAUGGCGUUGGCCGGCGGAGAUGCUCGCGGCGAGCUCGUCUGCGUGACCGGCGGCAGCGGCUUCAUCGGCUCCUGGCUCGUCCGCCUCCUCCUCGGCCGCGGCUACACCGUCCACGCCACCGUCCAGAACCUCCAGGACGAGGCCGAGACGAAGCACCUGCAGGCUCUGGAUGGCGCGGACACGCGGCUCCGGCUGUUCCAGAUGGACCUCCUCGACCCCGCCUCCGUCCGGCCGGCGGUCGAGGGCGUCCACGGCGUCUUCCACCUGGCCUCCCCCGUGAUACUGCAGCCCGCACAAGACCCCGAGAACGAGCUGCUGCUGCCGGCGAUCAACGGCGCGCUCAACGUCCUCCGCGCGGCGAAAGACAGCGGGGUCAAGCGUGUCGUGAUGGUGUCUUCGCAGACGGCCAUGUGUCCGACUGCCGCCGACUGGCCUGCCGGCAAGGUCAUAGACGACGACUGCUGGGCCGACGUUGAGAUCCUCAAGAAACUUGAGCUUUGGUACAACGUCUCCAAAACGCUGGCCGAGAAGGCGGCGUGGGACUUCGCCGGAGAGGAAGGAUUGCAGCUGGUUGUGCUGAAUCCGGGGUUGGUGUUGGGCCCGACGUUGACCCCGGCACCUACUGGUAGCCUCCGUCUGCUGAUGCUGCUUCUGGGAGGCCAGAAGCUUGACAUGGAACCCUUCUUCGUCGGCUGCGUCGACGUCAGAGAUGUGGCACAAUCUCUGGUGGUGCUCUAUGAGAACCCGUCGGCGCAGGGACGCCACCUGUGCAUGGAGUCAGCCGUACGCCUCGUCGAUUUCCACGAUGAACUUGCUAAUCUUUACCCCGAAUUUCCGGUUCACAGGAUCCAGGAGGACAAGCAGGGCUGGGUGGUGAGAUCAAAGGCUCCGUCCAAGAAACUGAUCGAUCUGGGCGUUCGUUUCACCCCAUUCGACAAAACUGUCAGGGACACGGUGGAUUGCUUGAGGAACAAAGGAGAAAUCUAGCCUCCAAACAAAUGUACAUUUGCAGGAAUAAAUUCUGCUGGAAAACUGCCGCGGUGCAUAGACAUAAAGCGAAUAAAGUUGAGUUGAACUACUAUGUGAGGAUGUUGUACAAUGGCGCUUCACGGGUUUUUAUGGUAAUCCAAAUUGGAGUGAUUGUCACUUGUCUUGGGGUGAUAUUCGUAAUUUUCAUAAUAAGGACACUCAUCCUUGGAUCGUCUUAGGAGAUUUUAAUGAAAUUUUAUACUCUUUGGAAA